AGUACACUAAAAGAAGAAGUAGAAGUAGUAAUAAUAGUAGUAGAAGAACCAGCAUGACUUUGGAUAAGAGCCAGUUGGUUAAGCUAUAUACCAAGCGGUUGGUGAAAUCGUUGGUACCGGCUGAAUUCGGUGAGGAAUUCAUCCAAAGUAUAACGAGUGAUUUACUUGUAUCUAUAGCUAAAGUCUCCAACUCAAGUUCUAGAAGUACAUCAUCGAUAACUUCAGAACUUAACCAAUUAACAAAUCAAUAUCGGACUCAAUUUAUAAGUCGGGGUUUACAGACUGAAUGGGUGAGAUUUCAAACUAUCAUUGAAUCCUUACAAAGUUUUAAGAGUGUAGAUCAAAUUUAUAAUUAUUUGAUAUUUUUCAAUACUUUGAAAUCUCAAGGAACUUCAUUUAUAUCACCAAUACGAAGUACCAAGACUAAUAUACGGAAUGAAAGUUUAAGAUCUUCACCUUUGCAAGACAAUAGUAAUAACAAGUUCUUCACUAGUCAAUCUAAUCCACAGAAUAGUAAUACAAUGAGUCUAGAUAAGUUAAUUAAUCCUUAUUAUCAAACAUUAUCAGAAGAUACAAUAUUGAAAUAUUUAUCCUAUACCUUAUUAGGAAUAGAUUCUAAAUUAUUAUCAUUUUAUAAUGAUGAUAAACAUAUUCAAUUACCUACAUCUGUAAAUAGUAGUUAUUCUGGAUUACUAUUUAAUGUAUUGGAAUGUGGAUUAAUAUAUAAGAAUUUAAUUAACUUCAUUGAACUUAAAAAGGGUAAAUUGAAUAGUCCUAUUAAAGUUGCCUAUAUUAGAGUAAUGGAAUCUUACUUACUUGAAUAUGUAAAAGAUAUCAAUGAGAUUUUUAAUAAGAAUGGUAAUCAAAGAUGUUCUUCAUUAUUAGAUGUUUAUAAUGCCUUAUACGAUAAUUGGAUUUAUGAACUACGAUUAUUAUAUUCCAUUGUUGUGGAUUUGGAUAAAGUUAAUGGAUUAGAUUUAUUGACUAAAAUAUUUGAACUUACAAAGUUUGGUGAUUAUAAGAUUCAAAACUUAAGUUUAUCGAUAUUAAAAGAAAUUAUUAAACCCUAUAAUGAAAUAUUACAGGCUUGGUUAAUUAAUGGAGAAUUAAUAGAUUCAAAUAAUGAAUUUUUUAUUAAAUUUGACUUAGAAAAAGAUGAGUUUAAUGAUAUUAUUCAAUUCUUACCUGCUAGAAUACCGAAAUUUAUUCAUAAAAAUCUUGGAGUUAAGAUAUAUCAAAUUGGGAAGAUGAUAAUCUUCUUAACUAAAUAUUGUAAUGAGUUACAAUGGAUUAAUGAAUAUCAAAAUAAAUAUAGUCGAUUAAUUCAUGAUUCCAGCAUAAUUGAUAAGGGUAUAGAUAAUAAAAUCGUGCUUUCAUUAAGCACUAAUGAUUUUCAAAAUUUGAUAAAACUGCAAUAUCAAGAUUUAAUUAACUAUACAACCAAUGUAUUAUUUGGAUCUAAGAAUUACUUAAUUGAGAAUUUAAUAAAUUUCAAGAAGACAUAUUUCAUCGAAAAUAAUGAUUUCAUUCAUCAAGUGAUAUUAAAGGGCAAUGAUAUAUUUAAUAACCUCUCGAAUAAUAUUAAUGUUAAUUAUUUAUCACAAAUAUUAGAAGAAUCAGUAAGUAAUUCUUCUAUGAAGAAUUUGAAAUAUAAGGAAAGAUUAGAUUUCCGAUUAUUGAAUACUCAACAGGGAAGUAAUAUUGGCUGGGAAGUAUUUAUGAUUGAUUAUAAAUUUGAUGAUUUAUCAAUUCAUUUUCUAUUAGAUUCAAAGAUUAUGAUCGGGUAUUAUAAGAUGUUUAACUUUCUUUGGAAACUUAGACAUUUACAAGUGAUGUUGGAAGAGAAUUACAUAGAAUCGAGUACAUUAAACAAGAAUGAGUUACACAACAUUAACUAUCAAUAUCAAAGAUUGAGAAGAAACAGUGAUAGAAAUGGUGUAUUAACCAUCAGAGAAAGAAAGAUUAUUUGGAUAGUCAAAUCUUUCAAUUCAAUAAAUUUAAUAAGAAAUCGUUUACUUAAUCAUAUAAAUGUAUUAAUUAAUCAUUUAUCGUAUGAUGUCAUUGAAAAUACAUUUCAAGCAGAAAUAAUUGAAAAAGUAUUUAAAUCAAAUAAGUUCUCUCAAAAUAAGAAAGAGAAUCUAUUAAGAAGUUUAAAUUCCAAAUUCAUUAAAAAUUUAGAUGAAACUAAUCAAACUAGAGUUUUGCAUAAUGAUAAUAAAAGUAAUGUUAAUGAAUUAACAAUUGACGGUAUUUUAUCAAUCCAUGAGAAUUAUCUAAAUCAAAUUAUUAAUAAUAAGCUUUUAAAUGAGAAUAUUAUCGGAAAAGUUACUAGAAAGAGUUAUAUCAAACAAAUUUAUGAAAUUCUUGAUAUUACAUUUCAAUUUUUAACUAGUUGUCGAGAGUUUUUUAAUUUGCUUGUUAAUUAUGUAUUAUUAUUAAAAUUAGAACAACAGGAAUCAGAAGAUAAUAUUAAUAUAGAAGAAGAAGAAAUUGAUGAAGAUUUACUUAUUGUGGAAGAAAGUUUACAAAAUAUAAUUAAUAGGAUAUACAAACAGAUAUAUCUCCGAGAUUAUAAAACCACUAUAAAUGAGUUUGUUCAAGAUCUUCGUACUGAUCAUGAUUUACGCGAUUUAAGUAAAUUAUUCUAAUUUUUAUUCGCUACUGUAUAUAUAAUAUAUAUAUAUAUAUUGUAUGUAUGUAUAACGUAC